AGCGCUUGCAGAAAACCGUACGUCAAUUUUUCCAGCAAUGACUUUAAUAAUAAAAGUUAACCUACGAAUGCCAGCUGUGCAUUGUGAAAAUGAUAAAUUUAAAACAACACAAUGUAGAAACAACCAAGUUUUCUGACUUACUUACAAAUACAAAUUAAUCGUGCCAUCAUUAGUUAGAGUUAAGGUUUGAAUUUAAAUAAGAAAAUGGUGAGAAUACGUUGGUUAUCUAGAACUUCUAGGAUAGUUGCACUAUGCAGCGCUGCGAAUUUUAUUAACAGUGCAGACAGGGUUAUUAUGCCCAUAGCAAUUGUUCCAAUGACUGAUAUUUUUGGAUGGAGUUUACAUGCUCAAGGGUGGAUUCUAUCGGCAUUUGCAUUCGGUUAUUUUACUAGUCAGUUACUUGGUAGUUUUUGGGCCACACAAGUGGGUGCUAAAAACGUAUUAAUAUGCAGUGUCCUGUUGUGGAGCAUUGCAACAUUUGUAACCCCAUUUUUAGCUGGAAGUCUAGUUGCACUUGUGAGCUGCAGAAUUAUUCUAGGAUUUGCUGAAGGAUUAGGCUUACCAACAAUAUUCCAUCUGUUUGCUCACAACAUACCAGUAGAAGAAAGGUCAAGGGCAUUUUCAUAUUUGUUAGCAUCAGGUUCUGUAGGGCAAACAGUUGCCUCAAUAUUGUGUCCUCAUUUAACUUGGGAAUCUUGUUUCUAUUGGUUUGGAUCAUUUGGAUUCAUAUGGCUUCUACUCUGGAAUUUUUUCUAUCCAGAAGAUGCUUACAAUAGUGAUGAAACCAUACCAUUACACAUGCCAAAGGUUAUUAAUCAUAACAUUCGUUGGGCUGACUUUAUAUUCAGCAAACCAUUAUGGGCUAUCUACACCGCACAUUUUGCAAUGAACUGGUCCUCCUAUAUUAUAAUGCAAUGGUUACCAACUUAUUUAUCUAGAUAUUUGGGAGCUAAUUCCCAUAGUUUAAGUUUGACUGCAGUUCCUUACAUUGUCAACUCUAUCUUUGGAGUUAUUAGUGGGCAUGUAGCUGAUAGUCUAUUAGGAAGCAAAAAUUGGUCAAUUUUGAAUGUAAGAAGACUUAUGACAAGCAUUGGACUGAUUGGACCUGCUCUAUUCCUAGCCAUUUUUUGCGUAGUGGACCAUUUGGCUUUUGCUCUAAUCCUUGUGAGCAUAUCCAUGGGUUUAUCGGCUAGUAACUCAGCUGGGCACCUAAGUAAUCAUGUAGAUAUAGCUCCAAAUUAUGCUGGUACUACAUUUGCAAUAAGUAAUACCAUAGCUACCAUUCCUGGUAUACUUUGUGGACCAGUUACAGCAAGUUUAGUGACUUAUUCAGAUGGAAAGUGGUUGUCUGUAUUCCUUGGUGCUACAUUCAUAAAUCUAACUGGUGCUUUUAUAUACUUUACAAACAGUGUUGCUACACAAGUUCUGUGAACGAGCUCAUAAUGUAUAAAUUGUAUUUAUUUAGGUUAAGGAAGAAAUACAUAUUGUUUCUAGAAAUUA